UUGCUUAAUUUAUGUUUAUCACCUCUUCAGAAAUGGAGCGGCUCUUUCUACAACUGCGUUUUAGCAGCUGACAGAAGUGCAACAAAGCUCCUCAAUAUAAUCGUAGAAAACUUCCAGUCAUUUAGGGACUUUGCAACAUUCUGUGGCAGGAAAGUGUCCCUUCUGAAACGUGCACAAAUUUUGGUAGCGGAUGUAUACGGCGCACUUCAUGCGGACGAUCCCUCUUGUGAUUUUAAGGAUAUAGGGUACGUUUCUGAUGAAGAUGUGAAAAUUCUUGGCACAUUUAUUGGCUAUCUUUCUUCAUUCAGAAGUCUGACCAUGUUUGCUGAUUAUCGUGUUCCCCAAGCUCUUGCUUAUCUGGGUGCUUUGGAAUAUUCUACAGAAUUGAUCAGGUUGCUGAAAUCGGGCGAACAUCUCCCGAACGGAAGCGCCGAAGAAGUGGAACUACGAGGAGCAUCGAUCUGGGUCUGCGAGCAAAUUGUUUUGGCCAUUCAAAAGUUGCGUGCUGAGGAAGGUGAUGUCACCAGGCCAAUUCAUGCUAUGGACGUCGACAUUUUCGCAUGGGUUUAUCGACGUAAACAUGCAGCUGAAAUUGAAAAAGCGAAAGGAAUCAGGAACAAAAUAAUUGAAUCGUAUCCACAUAUCGAACCAUUUCUAGCCGACAUCCUACCUAAAAAGGUGAUUUUGCUAGCAAAGUUUCCUUUUUUUCGUACGUAG